UAUAUAUGUUGCCAUAACUCAAGUAAAAAUUCUCAUAUUCAAAAAAUACUUCAAAUUAGGCUUCUUCUUGAAUAUUCUUCUGCUAAUUAGUAAACAUAUAUAAAAAAAAUGGUUCCUGAACUUGUGAGUGGUACAAAAAAACGGAGCUGUGCUUAUGUGACUUUCUUGGCUGGUAAUGGUGAUUACGUGGAAGGGGUGGUGGGUUUGGCAAAGGGGUUGAUAAAAGCUAAAUCUAUGUAUCCGUUGGUGGUGGCGAUUUUGCCCGAUGUGCCGGAGGAACACCGGCUGCUACUAAGGAGCCAUGGUUGUAUAGUGAGGGAGAUUGAGCCACUUUCUCCUUCAUUAAAAUCAUCGGAUAAUAAGUAUGCUAGAUCUUAUUACGUUCUCAACUACUCCAAACUUCGUAUUUGGCCGUUUGUGGAGUUCAGUAAGAUGGUAUACUUGGACGGAGACAUGCAAGUUUUUGAGAACAUAGACCAUCUUUUCAACUUGCCUGACAACCAUUUCUAUGCCGUGGCGGACUGCAUAUGUGAGUUGUAUGGGCAGUCAUGCCCCGAGGUUCUACCGUGGCCUAAAGAGUUGGGCUCAAGGCCACCUAUCUACUUCAACGCAGGCAUGUUUGUCUUUCAGCCCAAUCUCUCCACCUAUGCUGAUCUCUUGAACACUCUCAAACUUACCCCUCCCACCCAAUUUGCCGAGCAGGAUUUUCUGAACAUGUUCUUCAAAGACAAGUACAAGCCAAUUUCUUAUGUAUACAAUUUGUUGCUGGCAAUGCUAUGGCGCCAUCCGGAGAAAAUCGAGCUCAACAAAGCAAAAGCAGUUCAUUACUGUUCUCCAGGGGCUAAGCCGUGGAAAUACACUGGAAAGGAAGAAAAUAUGGAUCGGGAAGAUAUCAAAAUGCUAGUCAAGAAAUGGUGGGAUAUUUAUAAUGACCAGACAUUGGAUCAUAAGCAGGGUUCUAUUCAUAUUGCUGGAGUUGAGGGUGAAGUUGAAGCAAACAGAUUAGUGGCAGCUGCUUUUUCUGAUGCAAACAUCAGUACCUUAUAUGUAACUAGCCCAUCUGCUGCUUAGCAAUGGCAGUGUUCUGGAGAUGAAACUUCAAGUGAUCGAUUAGAUUUUUAUGCAUGUUACGUUGGACAGUCUACAGGAAUACUGCCACUUGUUUAUUUCUUGGCAGGUUUUGUUUUGGUGCCCAAUAAACUAAGGCUUUUUGUA